GUAAUAUAAUUUUUCUCUAACUUUUUAUAAAUUAAAGAAAAAAAGCUUUGAAUUUUUUUUAAAAACUUUGUUAUGAUGUUUUUGGGAAAAAAAGAAGUUUUUUUAAGAAUAGUGCUAACUGGUGCCAUAGGUAUUUGUUCGUUUAUUGGUGAUCAAGGAUUGAAACAUGGAAAGACUGCCAUGACACGCGCGAUUUUUGACAAUGUCACUCACGCAAUUGUUGGUGGACUUACUUGGGCAGUUAUCUUAAAUUUGUCAAAAAAACCUCUUAUACAAAACUUUUCUAGCAUUUUCUUGUGUUUUUCUUUAUCGUCUUUUAUCGACAUAGAUCAUUUUAUUGCAGCAGGCAGUUGGAAGUUAAGUGAUGCAACACAUUUAGAAAAAAGACCAUUUUUUCAUUGUACCACUCUACCUAUAACAUUAUGGCUUAUGUUAAAUUUUUAUUCAAGUGUAUUUAAUUAUCCAAAAUUCAGUUAUUAUUCUUGGAUAAUAUUAGCAAGCUUUCUAAGCCAUCAUAUAAGAGAUGGUACAAGAAGAGGUUUAUGGUUUUGUCCUAUUGGUUCUACACAACCUAUUCCAUAUUAUUUAUACUUAAGUAUGAGUAUGAUACUCCCUCAUGUGCUACAAUGGUUGAUGAUACCAUCUAUGCAUGAAUAUAAGUCUUCAGAUAAUGAAACAUUAAUUGAUGUUGUGUAAAUAGUAUAAAGUAAAUAUGGCUAAAUGUAUAUAAUAUGUAUAAAUAUACAUGUAUAUAUAUAUAUCAAUGAAAUUUUUAUAUUAAUAUAUUUUAUAUUAAUAUAUAUGUAUAUUUUUUAUAAUUUAUAUAUUUUUAAUCAUAUUUAUUACAAAUAAAUAUUACAUUUUUUAUAAGCUUUUAUAAAGUAACAAAGAUUAUAAAUAUAAUAAUAAUUUAAUUUAUUUAUUAUUUAAUUAAGAGGAAUAAAAAUAAAAAAUAUUUUAAGAAAUAUAUUUGUUUUUGCAUUAUAGCAAACAAUUACGUAAACAAUUUGACCUAAUUAAAAGUGCAACUUUUAUAUUUAUCGUUAAAUGCAUAAAAAUAAGCAUAAAAUAUCAAAACAGGAAAAACUUACAUACAUACAU